AUGGCCAUCCGCUCUUUUAUUUUCGCCGCCGCGGCGACGACGCUCGCUUCGGCCCAGAUCACGGUCGACGUGACUGAGACGCAUCAGGUGAUCCGCGGCCUCGGCUACUCCGAGGCGUUCCAGCGGUCUCAAUGGGUGUACAACACAAUGUCGGAAGAGAAGCAGCAGGAGAUGUUCGACCUCCUUCACGACCCGGUGACGGGCGCCGGCUUCUCGAUCCUGCGCAUCGGUAUUGGUUCGUCUGCCAACAACUCCAAGGACUGGAUGGCCAGCAUCCAGCCAGAAUCACCUGGGUCCCCAGACGCAGAGCCUACUUACGUCUGGGAUCGGAAUGACUCUUCUCAGGUGUGGUGGGCAAAGGAAGUCCAGAAGAGAGGCGUCAACCUCUUUUACGCAAACUCGUGGGGAGCCGACGCAUAUAUGAAAGACACGGGCAACACUGACAACGGAGGCCUACUCUGUGGCGUGGCCAACACAUCCUGCGAGACAGGUGACUGGCGCGAACAGUACGCAAAUAAGCUCGUCCAGUGGGUCAAGUACUAUGCCGAGGAAGGCAUCAACAUCACCCACCUGAACCCGCUGAACGAGCCCGAUAUCGCGGUCCCGUACGCCUCGAUGCAGGCGGAUGGCCAGCAGACCACGGAUAUCCUGGAGAAGCUCGCCCCCGCGGUCGCAGACGCGGGUCUGGAUGUCAAGAUCACCUGCUGCGACUGGGCUGGCUGGGAGGACGGCCGGAAGAUCCUGAGCGGGAUCCAGGAGACGGGUGGCGAGAAGUAUCUUGACGUCGUCUCAGGCCACGGUUAUGGACAGCCGCUUUCAGAGCCUUACGAUACGCCCUUGGAAGUCUGGCAGGGCGAGUGGGCCGAGCUCUCCAGCUACUUUGACCAACCGUGGUACUCUGCUGCCGGCGAUCCGAAGGGCACGUACGGAGGGGGAGAAGGACUUACCUGGGCGAACAGGAUUCUUCAUAGUUUCACUGUGUCGAAUAUCUCGGCUUUCCUCAACUGGAUGGGAGCUCAGCCAUCGAAUGCUGCUACCCCCGUGAUCCGAACAGUCAAUGAUACGAAUAUCCUUUCCAAGCGUUAUUGGGCGUAUGCUGCCUUUGGGAGAUACGCUCGUCAAGACUCAUCCAGAGUGACAGCCACAUCUACUACCGACAACAUCACAGUGGCGGCAUGGGUCCCUCAGACAGCAACAUUCCCUGCCGGUGGAAACCUGGCCAUGCAAAUCAUCAACAACGCUGACGAGGAGAGGACCGUCCCAAUCAACAUUGACCAGCUCAAGGAGGUCACCAACUACACCGCCCUGUUGUUGAAUAACGACUUCGACCUCACCGAGAGCGAUUCCGUUGUUGAGGCCAACGGCACAGGUAUCACUGCAACCAUACCUCCCAGGUCACUCGUGGUUCUCGCGAUGGAUGCUGUUUGGCCGGACGGCAUGGUUGUGAAUGCUCAAUCUGAGGAAAACAACGCCUCCAAGCUGCUGGGGAUCAGCCUGCCAACGUCGGGAAGCUCCUUGGGGUUAUGGAUGUUUGCUACUGCCGUGAUGUUCAUAGCUCUAUAA